AAACGACCACGGAUGUAAUUUUGGGAAGACAGAGAAGGGCUGCUAUAAUGGGUCCGGGCUCCGACAAUGGAAACUGAGCGUCUGGUCGCCGGAGGACCACCGGGCGAAGUGGGGCAUGACUACGGACGCCGGCCUCCUCAGGAACUCACGGGCUCCAAUUACCAGGCCCUGGCCACGGGACACGCUCACCUGCUAGGGACUAAGCCGCACGCACGCAGAGCCCCCACUCGCCAUCGAACCGGCAGCAGCAGCAGCAGUGACGAAGAAAUGAUAGACAUCACUGCAAAGCCGUCUGAACAACAGUCCAGGGCAUCGGGAGAUGCUAUGGCCACCUGUAGGGUUCAGGGUCCUUUGAAGCACAAACACUGUGGCUCACACUGACUCCUUAAUCUCAAUAGGCUCACCAGUCAUUGUAUGGAAUGGAUACAUUGGAUCAAACCUGGGAUAAAGUCAUGCCGCCCUGCGAA